AUGCUGGUCAAUUUGAAUUCUUCUUCUUCUUCUCUUUCUGCUUCUUCCUCUUGUUCUUCUUCUUUUUCUUCUUCUACUACUACUAAUGAUUAUAUUAAUGAUAUAAAAUUAAAUGAUAAAGGUGAAGUCAUCUUAAAACGUCGUGAAUAUUCAAAUACUAAAUGUUUAUAUUAUUUAUUUACUGAAUUCUUUCAAAAUACAAUUGUUUAUAUAUAUGUAAUGACAUUUUUAUUUUCUGGUAUAUUUUGUUUAUCUAUAUUAUUUAUUAUAAGUUAUAUAAUAAUUAAUAAUUUAAUUAUUAUUAUAUUAAAUACUUUCAAUAUAUAUAUAAUAAAUAAUUAUGAAUUAUCAAUAAUCAGUGUAAAUUCAGUAAAUGAAAUUCAAUAUUUAACUAUUAUUAUUGUUUUAUUUACAAUAUAUACAAUUUAUUGGUUAUGGGAUUGGGAUUCAGAGAAUCAUGGUGGACAUCCAAAACAAUUUAUACGUUAUUUAAAAAUAUGGGAAUAUUUAGCAGAUUAUUUUCCAAUACAUUUAGUAAUUAGUAAAGAAUUUAUUAAAUUUACUAGAAUUCAUAAUCAUAUUAAACAUCAUUCUUAUUUUAUAAAUUCUAUAAUUAAUAAACAUAAUAUUAAUAAUAAAGAUGAUAAAAAUGAUGAUAAUCUUGAUAAUGAAUUAAUUAAAGGAAGUUUAUCUAUGGAUGUUAAUUAUUUAGUUGGAUUUCAUCCACAUGGAAUACUUGCUACAGGAGCAUUUAUUAAUUUUGCUACAGAAGCUACUGGUUUUUCAAAAGUAUUUCCUUGCUUUAAACCAUAUCUAGCUAUAUUAAAAGCUCAUUUUAUAGCACCCUUUUAUCGGGAUUUUCUAAUGUUAUUUGGAAUGAUUGCUGCUACUAAGAAAGGAUUACAUUACCUUUUGGACAAGAAUAGUUGCAAACAAACAGGAAAUUUUGUCGUUGUCGUUCUUGGUGGGGCUUCCGAAGCCUUAGAUUCAAGACCUGGAACAUAUGUGAUGCACAUUAAUCAACGUUUUGGUUUUUUCAAGUUAGCCUUACAAACUGGAUCAUAUUUGGUACCGUGUAUAUCAUUUGGUGAACAGAGCUUAUAUCAUCAAGUUCCAAAUGAAAAAGGAUCAUGGAUACGAUGGUUACAGGAUAAAUUUACGUCGAUUUCUACCGUUGCACUGCCUAUUUUCUAUGCUCGUGGUCCCUUUCCGUAUCGUAACCCAGUUUAUACUGUAGUUGGUGCUCCAAUUCAAUGCGAAAAAAUAAAUGAACCUACAGACGAACAAGUCGCACAUAUUAAACAAAUUUAUAUAGAAAAGCUCCAAACACUAUUUGAAGAUUACAAGGCAAUUUAUGAUCCAGAAGCUAAUGAUAUUGAAUUUGUAUAA